AUGUGGACGUAUCAGAAAUCAACUGUAAGUCAACCAGUGUAAAGUCUGCACACCAGUAAUGACAGAUGACCGACCAACCAACAUCACUAGUGUGCUUUUUUAAAACUUGUUUUGGAUACUUAGUUGUUCCUGUCUAAACCAGCACCAGGAUCUAUAUGCAUUGUGAACAGGGUUCCAUCUGUAUUCAUAUUCACAAUCAGACAGCCUUGAACAUCUUUCGGGCAUUGAAACAUUGAGACAAUGACGAGGCCAGAUCACAGAAAACAGUAUAGAUGGAGACAUCUAACAUCACCCAUAACACCCUUUCUUCCCUGCUCUCUCCCUUCUCUCCUUUCAGGUGAAUGGGGUGAACGUGGAGGGCAUGCGUCAUGCGGAGGUCGUGGCCUUCAUAAAGAGAGGAGGAGAUGAGACCAGGCUUCUGGUGGUGGACCCUGACACAGACGAUCACUUUAAGAAGAUGGGCGUCACCCCAUUGGCCAGCCACGUCAAAGGUAGGCCUACACCAAUGUAUACCUGUAAAACAGAAUCUUUAUUUAAAGUGUACUCUUAUAAACCACAGUACAGCUCAGUACAAGUCUCUUUGUACAUCUACAUUUUACAUUUUAGUCAUUUAGCAGACGCUCUUAUCCAGAGCGACUUACAGUUAGUGAGUGCAUAAAUUGUUUCAUACUGGCCCCCCGUGGGAAACAAACCCACAACCCUGGCGUUGCAAAUGCCAUGCUCUACCAACUGAGCUACACGGGGCCACAGUUACAUAUUGAGAAGGCAAUAAUGGUGUUGAUGAUCUUAAUCUAUAGUGAAAUGUUACAGUGUAGUUCAUAAAAGCCUGUAUCAGAUUACUUACCUCGAAAUCUCAGAGCCUGCAAUUCUGGGUGUAGGGUGAAGUUGCCCAUAGGGUGGGUCAGUUUUGCAUUUCCCCCACUAAUGAUUAAGGUUAGGAUUGGAGGAAGGAAAGGGUAGAGAAGCUGAUCCUAGAUCUGCACCUAGAGCGUAAUUCUGACCCUUCUUUCCCAGACUAUGAUGGUCCGUCCAUAUCCAACGGCUCCCCCAGUUCUCAGAUCAACGGCAGCUUCACCUCCCGCUCCAUCCAGUCACACCACUCUGACCUGAACAGUCCAGAUAACAGCCUGCAGGUGAGACGUGUGUGUGUGUGCUCGUGUGUGUCAAUCCACACUAUAAAUACCCAGUAAUCUCCGAUAUUAAUCUCUGUCUCGCUCUCUGUCUGUCUGUCUGUGUCUCUCUGCCUGCCUGCCUGCCUGCCUGCCUGCCUGCCUGCCUGCCUGCCUGCCUGUUUGUCUGUCUGUCUGCCUGCCUGCCUGUCUGUCUGUCUGUCUGUCUGUCUGUCUGUCUCUGUCUCACUAUCUAGCUGGGAGAGGACGAGGUGGGCCGUCUGAUGGACCCGUUUGCUGAGAUCGGCCUGCUCCUGAGUCCCACGGCGGCCGAGGCCAAAGAGAAGGCCCACGCCAAGAGAGCCAAGAAGAGAGCCCCUCAGAUGGACUGGGACAAAAAACACCAGCUCUUCAGCAACUUCUGAACUUUUCUGCCACCUAAUGAGAGAAACAGAAAGACUGUCAAUUUUCAGACAUUUCUGAAACAUACGUUCAACAUCCCUACCCAGUAUCCUACCACCACUACCACCCAAUCCAACAAAAGAGAAUAUGCAGAUAGAAUGUUGUUCUAUGAAUGUUGGCAAUCCAACACCCACUCACCCCUGCCUUUCACCCCUCAUCCAAAUGGACUGGAUGGAACGAUGGACAUAGAUCAUGAGACCUAUCAUUCCUAUCUCGUCCUUUACCCCUCCUUCAAUCCUCCCUUCUUCCACCCCUUCCCUAUACCCCCCAUCCCACCCCAGAGAGAGCUUGUCUCCACAUAAACUGCUGGACUGGAAUAAGGCUAUAAGAGACUCAAGAUUACCAGCUUCAUCUGAAUCCUCCUGUCAUCAUCCAUCCUUCCCCUCAUCCUUCUUCCCCUCAUCCCGGGCAAACAGGCCGCGGAACACGCAGACGGCGGACAGAAGACCGCGCGGCCACCGCAGCCCGCCGGCAGCAGCGCGCAGCCCGCAGCCCGCCGGCCCGAGCCGCAAGCAAGACAACCGCCGAGCCCGCCCGCCAGGCCAAGCCGCCGCAAGCGGCAAAAGAGAAAGACGGAAAAGCAGAGACGCGGCCCCGCAUAGGCCCCGCAGACAGAGGAAACGCAGCCCGCGAUCACCUCAUCACCCAGCACCAUCCUUAUUCCCUCAUCCCCCAUCCCCAUCAUCCCUCCUUCCCUCAACAAUCCCCUCCUGUCCAUCAUCCCUCUUCCCUCAUCACCUCAUCCAUCAUCCCUCCAUCCCUCAUCCCUUAUUCCCUCAUCCCUCAUCCCUCAUCCCUCCUUCC